GAAACAUUAUUCACACGUCCUCCCCUCGCCAUCCUAUUUGCUCUGUGUUUGUGGAGACGGAGUGGAACCUGACGGUUCUGCUCGCCACGCAAAUUAUAAAUGACAGAAAAAUAAUAGUAAUAACAAAACCUAACAAGCGCGCGCCAAACUUUGUCGAGGCGCCCGCUGGUGUUUUCCCAUUUCCUUCCAGUCCCCACCUAGAAGGGCUCUCUAUCUAUGACAUCUUUUUUUAUUUUUAUUUUUUCUUCUUCUUCCUCUGUGUGCCGACCCCCUUCAUGUGGCACCGCCAACACACACGCCAAGGAUCCGCACAGGCAGCUGGUAUGAAUGGAAGUGAAGCUGAUCUGGACAAACCAGCUGAAACUUUCCCUGCUUUGUUUUGAACUGUAGCCGCUGCUCAGAUUUUUUCCCCCCUCUCCAUCCUUUUCCUGCGCGUCGCCUCUCACUUUUUUUUUUCUUCCUUCCUCCGUGUGUGAGCGUGUUUGUGGCGCCUCCCUGCUCCUCAACAGAUCUUCACCAUGCAUCUCCACCUGCACCUCCUGGCUGCUGCAGCUUGAGUAAAUAAUAAUAACAGUAGUAGUAGUAGUAGUAAUAAUAAUAAUAAUAAUAAUAACAGCCCGAGGUUUCCUCCCCUGAGCCGGCCGGCUAACCCUCCUCCAGGUUCCGACUCUGGACGGUGCGUCAUGCCGCCACACCUGAAGUGCAAAUCGGUUCCGCUGCUGGACCGCGACGUGUCUUUAUAAGUGGAUCUACUUGUUUUUUUUUUUUUCUUUCUGUCUUUGCUUUGAGGGAGAGGUGGGUAUGCUCAGCUCGUCUCUGGAGAACAUUGGCAAAGAGCAGAAAGUAGAGAAGAGCGACUAGAGAGAAGGAAGGAAGGAAGAAAGGAAGGAGAAGGUUUCGCCCUCACAGAGACUCUAACUUAGUUGUAGAUGUUCGAUCAGGCCACGACUAUGGGCGAUGGGAGCCACCGCUGUGGACCCAACCCGCUGGACAGGAUGGAGGGCAAGUGCCGCCCCGACAUGGGCAGCAGGUCCCCCGUGCAGAGCUCCACCGACACUCCGGGGACCUCCGCGUCCACGCCGACGUCCUCCAGCGAGGACGGGCACGACAAACUUCUGGGAGUGGACCCGGACUACUGUCGCCGGAUAUUAGUGAGGGACGCCAAAGGCACCAUCCGGGAGAUCGUCCUGCCUAAGGGCCUGGACCUGGACCGGCCCAAACGCACUCGGACCUCCUUCACGGCCGAGCAGCUGUACCGCCUGGAGCUGGAGUUCCAGCGGUGCCAGUACGUGGUGGGCCGGGAGCGCACGGAGCUGGCCCGGCAGCUGAACCUCUCGGAAACACAGGUGAAGGUCUGGUUCCAGAACCGUCGGACCAAGCAGAAGAAGGACACCACCAAGGACUCAGACAAGCGCUCCUCCUCCACGUCAGAGUCUCUGGCCACCUGCAACAUCCUGCGCCUCCUGGAGCAGGGCCGCCUUCUGUCGGGGCCCGCCCCGCCCCCAAACUCCCUCCUGGGGCCCCCGGCUCACCCCACGAACGGCUCCCUGCUGGGCAGCCCCGGCGGCGGCUCCUCCACCUCCCCGGGCAUCAGCAGCAGCACCUCGCCCAGCUCCCUACCCGGCGGGACGUUCGGGCUCUCGCUGCCGUCUCUGGGCGGCACGCCGUCUUCGCCGCGGCUCGGGGUCCCGCCCCCGCACUCCCUCUGCUUCUCCAUGCCCCUGCUCGGGGGGGCCCAUCAUGAACUGACGUCCACCUACGGCUGCGGGUCGUCAGCCUUCGAGCCGUACAUGCGCCUGGACAGGAAGGAGGCAGAUCUAGGUGGGAAAAAAACGGUUUCCUAAGCGGACCUGAAGCAUGUGGGACGUGACUUCAGAAGCCUCAUCCUGCCACCGGACAGGCAAAGAAAACCUGUGAACGGCAGUGACAGGGUGGCUCUCUGGCAGCAUCAUUUUGUGUACAAUGAUAAAAAAAAAAAAAAGACUUGGUGAAAAGUGUUAAAACUUUGUUUUUGUUUUUUUGUUGGAGAAUUGCUGUGUGUUUGUUGCAGACAGAUGUUUUUAUCAUCACUCUCUUUACUGUAGUUUUAAGUCACUUUUUGUCCAGUGAGUUUGUGUGUGUGCGUGUGCGUGCGUGCGUGCGUGUGUGUGUGUGUGUGUGUGUGUGUGUGUGUGUGUGUGUGUGUGUGUGAUAUUCCCCCCCCCCUCCCUCGCUCUUUAUGGGCCUUUUUUUGCUGUUCAGGAAGAAAAAAAACAAAAACAUACUUGACAUAAAUAAUUUGAAGCCGUUCUCAGCAGAGAGCCUGGAACAGGAGAGGUGUUGAGUUUCGGUUCCGGGUUCUGUGGCGAGGCCCGGUUUUCGCUGCAGCUGAGCUCAGUGUCUGGAUGAGAUGAGCAGUAAUUAUAUCUUACAGUUCCUGUUCAAGUGGCCAUGUUUGACUUUUAGUUCACGUGCUAUCACCAUAGAAAAGAAACACACACACACACACACACACACACAGAGAAAAAAAAAUAAUAAUCGUAGUUUCUUAAUAUCAGUCUGUUUGGUGUCCAGAUGUAGUUUUUGUAAAAUCGUUCUUUUUUUAUUUUUAUUUUUUUAGUUAUUUUAUUUUGGUUGUGUUUGUGUAAAUGCUAAGAUCCAGACAAAUGGUGAAAACUUGCAGUACAUAUCCAGGGCUGACAGUUUAACAUGAAAGGAAGUGAAGACGAACACAGGUGUGAGGAAGACGGCGGAAAGAUGAAGCUACAGAGCUGGCUGACGUUUCGUUCAUCGAGGUCGCAGCCCCGAGAUAGAAAGAGAGAGAGAGAGGGAGAGAAAGGGACGACCUCUGAACCCAGAUUCAGGUUGAUUCACGUGUCUCGCAGUUUCUCAGUCAAACUCAGAGAGAGAGUUCACAGACAGAAAAAUAAUCUAUUUAAGGAAAAUCAAUCUGGAGGUUUUUGCUCCAGCUGCCUUUUCAGCUGCAGGCGAUGAAUCAACAUGUUGCUCCACCGAAAAUUCACCUCCAACGUUCGUAUUUGUUCGAGCGAAAGAAUACCCGAGUCCAAAGUUAGCAUGUUUAGACUGCGUGUGUUUUGCUUUUUGUAAAACGGUAAGUUUGUGUCAUUGUUUUUUUUUUUUUGUUCACUUUUUAAAAUCCAUAAUCUGAAAAUGUUUGUGGAAUAUUUGAGAUUAGGCAUGGGCCGGUAGGAGAUUCUCACGGUUUGAGUGAAAAUGUUCUAUACACUAAAAUGUAAAAACAACAAACAAACUUACAAUCUUCAAAGCAGGAAAAAAAUAAUUAUUCCUGCUGUUGCUAAAGUAAUCUGAUGAAAGUAGUCAUAAUAAUGUGAUUUCUUGACUUUAUUUUUAUGAGUCACAAAAUGGAGCAAAAAUACAGAAACCUUUGAAAUGUUUUCAGAUAUUUAUUGCCAAAAACAGUUUUCCUAUUCUGAUCCUUAUUCACCUUGUUCCAGUUAUCUACCAGGCUAUUUCUGAGCAAAUAUGGAUCAAAACAUGUUAUAAAAUCAACACUUUGAAUGUGACCUAAAGUCUGACUAUAUAUACCAGAGCAUCAAUCCAUACAAACAGAGACUGGAGGUAAAAACAGAGAAUAUUUCUGCCGUUUUAUGGUUUUAAAUCACAGAUGAAAUUAAUUUUAGUUUGAAAAUGUGGUCCGGUUUGUUCAUGUAGUGAUGAAUCACUCCAGAUCCUACAACACAACAACCCUAAUCGUUUUUAAAAUGUAAAAUCAGAGCAGAUUUUUACAGGAGUUUGUUUACAGCUGGGACUUCUAUGUGAGGACCGGGCCGCCUGUGAGUGAUUCGUGGCAGGAGAACUUGUCAAUAAUAGGAAGAGCAAAAAAGGCUUUUACUGUUGUCAGAAUGUCCUGUAACACUGAAAAACGUCUCCAGAUUUAUCUAUAAAUGAAAAAUGAUAUGUUUUUGAAAAAGAGCUCAGUUAGCAAUGGUAAAAGUAGCAAACUUACAAGCCUUCUUCAGUGGCUUAAUUUAGGUUUUUCAGCUAAAUUCAUGUUUAUUUCUUGUCUGCUGGUAACCAAAGGAAAAUAAUGUAGUGAUUAAAGGAAUAGACCUGACUUUACUUUGAAAGGUUUGAUGCAACGUUAAGCUGGAUUAAAGGCUCAGAUACUGAUGUCAUUUUUAUUGUGAUCGUCACAAAGAAGAAGUAGCUGCGUUGUCAUUACAAACGUGCGCAAAACUUUGUCGAUGUUUCGCUAAUGUCAAGAAACGUAAUUUUAGAAUUUAAAUAAGAAAUUUUAUUAAAACCACAUGCGAAUGAAUCUGCUCAUGCGUUAGGUCAUUAAAAAAACUUAAUGACAUCAUCUCCCUACCACUUCCUGUCGUUUUCUUAGUCAUUUCCUCCAGCAGUAACAUCCUGUUGAUCACAUGACUCAUGAUGUGGAAAAAGUGUUCCUGUUGCAGAAAUACACUCAUUUCGAUUCAGGCAAGAAAGUUUCCUCAUCCUGAGGUAAAAACUUUUUAUCGAAAGACAUAUUUUCAUAAAUACAGUUUGUGAAAUUAUGACGAUGGAACAGCUACAGAAAAUAUGCCUGUUUAGUAAAUGAGGGUUUAUCUUUUGAACCGCAGUCCCUUUACACGCUUGCUGCUCGUCGUCAACUUGUACUUCUCCAACUUUCUAACCUUAAUAGUAACAAAAAGUGGGACUCUUUCAGUUUCCAUGUUAUCAGGACAUUGUGCAGCAGCAGGUGAGGGAGGGGCAGGACACUAAAUGCUCCAUACAGCCAGAGAACAAAGCUACUUUUCUCCAAUCAUCUCAUCUAAAUGUUUUGUGUUUCACGCCAAGAGCUUAAGCUUUUUAAAAGAUGUAUAUGAAAACCUUUGGGCGUCUUGGUGAGCCCUGGGAAUCUGCCUGGCCCAUGCCUAGCGGAGACGCGUUCCGCCGCAUCACACAAACAUCAUUACAGUGAGUUUCACUUUGACCCUGCUCUUGUUUUCCACCUCCCAUCCUGCUUCACCUUGGCCCUUCCUUCUGAUUGCUCUUCAUUGAAAGCACUUUAUGGUUUUGUUUUCUUUUCACAUCGCCAGCUGUUGCUUCAUUCUUCAGCUUUUAUGUUUUUUUUUUUUAAAAAGAAGAAGAAGAAGCCAUUUAUCGAAGGCAAAAAGAGAGAGAAAAAUCUAAUGUUUUAUUCUCUGGUUGGCAUUUAGCGGCGGCUUAGUCUUAGAAAAGUCGAUUUUCAUUAUUGCAGUCCCUCAGUUGGUUUUAUAAUUGACUGCACUUUUUUUUUUCUUUAUAAUUGAAUGAUUUGAAGCUAAGCUGACCUCCGUGUGUUUGGGUUGGUGAAAAUGACAUUCAUUGAGGACGCGGAGAGCCGAGGAAAUAUUGAAGGGACCACCUGUUUUGCGUUGUUUUUCUUUCUCACGAGAAGCAAUUCAUCCAGGUUUCGUUCUUGUCCAAAUCAACCCGCGAGAACCUACAAUUUGCAACAGUUUGCCCUCAAUUUGCGCGUGUCAUUUGAGUUUUCAUUCCCCUCUUCGCUCCCGUUUGUCGUCACUUUUUCCUUUUGAACAUUUUUCCCUUUCUCCUGUUGUGUGUGCGCGGUUUAUUUAUUUAUUUUUUUUCAUUAUUUUUCUCUCAGUCUGAGGUGUUUCUGCAGCAUAGAAAAGGAAAAGGAAAAAAGAAGCAAACAGCAGAAAGGUACUGCCGUGACAUCAAUUUGUAAAACACUUACGAGUGAAGGCAGGGCUCGUUUUUCCGUUAAAUUUCCCGGGGAGCGCGUGGAGAGGAUCUGACCUCGGUGUGUCGGCUCGCGGGGCCUUUUGGCGCCCGUGUAGCAGCAGUUUGUAGCUGAUGAUUUCUGCAAAAAGAAAAGGAGGAAGAAAAAAAAAGAAAAAGAAAACACCCACUCUGGGCUCUUUGCAGCAGUACACCUGUGCUCUUGUCGAACACUGUAUUAUUUUCCAUAAGCACCAUCCAUAAUUCACACGCUCCUGCAUCAAAUAUUGAGCAGUGAAACGGAGCUGAGAGGUCAGGAGGGCCUGCUUCUCGUGUAAAAACCACCGCGCUCCUUUGCAGAUUGUCUUUUACUCCACCCUUUUCCUUCGCAGCAUCUGUUCUCGUUCUUCUUUUUUUAAUUUUUUUUUUUUUUUUUUACGUUGCUUCAGUUGCUUGAGAUAAUUGAUGCAGAAUAAAAAUAAAAGAAAAUCUCUUAUCGGUAGAAACCUGCUCAUUUUCAGUCUCAGAUGCGUGGACAGCGUUGUAAAUGAAGGAAAGAAAAGAAAAGAAAAAAAAACACACACAGGUUAAGGCUUCGCUCACUUUCAUGUUUUCUUCUCUUGAGAUUCAGCACCGACUCCUUUUUAUGUCAUUGAUCGAUGGUGUUUUGUAAUGUAUAUCUGCAGUUGUUGUAUUGUGCGCUCAGCUUGGAGGCGGCGGCGGGAAAAGGUUGAGAGAGCGAGACGCCGCCUCUCCUCCCAGGAAGAACUGAUAAAGCCUUGCUUCGGAUUGGACAAAGCCCAUUUCCUGUUUAUUUAUCUUCUCAUUCCAGCUGAAAGGAAGUGUUUUACUUUUGUGUUGUUUUUUUUUUUUUUAAAGAAAUGCUCUCCGUGAUUCUUUUAGGUUGUAUGAAGCUGUUUUAAUUUCUCAUGAUCCAAAAGCCACCCAACCUCUUUUUAUUUUUUUUCUCUUUGAGCAGUAAAACCUAAAACCUAAAGUCAAGCUAACGGCACCAGCUACUACUUGUGACAAACAUGUACAUAGAUAUAAAUUUAUAUAUAAAUAUAUAUAUAAAUGGGUCUUUGCACAAGUUAUCUCUGUGUCUGCUCUGUGUGAUUUUAACAGGAGAAAAAAAAGCAAAAUGUGAAAAAAAAGAUUAGGCAAAAAAAAAAAAAAAAAAAACUUUAUAUAUGCUUUACAGUUCUUUGUCUCAUUAACAUUUUGCACUUAUUUAAAGAGGCUUUCUUUGGUUUCCGGGCUGACGGAGCUGUUUUCACGCUCUGCUGAGAUAUUGUACAAUAUGUAUAUGUAUUUUUAUUCAUAUGCAUAUAAAUAUAUGUCUAUGUAAUUUGA